AUAACUCCAUUUUGGAAAACAGCUGUUUGAAGACACACGAGCUUCUGUCGCUGUCCGAGAAGACGACGGAACCCGGAGAGAACAAACACUUUCCUUGCUUGAUUUCAUUCUUUUUUCUUUGAGUGUCAGGAAACUUGGGCGGGAAUUGAUGGUGUUAAAUUCGCUCUGGAACAAGUGGGUAAGAGGAGGCGACUGGAUCAAGGUGUAAUGAGAGCGCUGGUCAUGGACAGAUGAUGGACGUGGAGACGUCAUAUUCAGACUUUAUCAACUGUGAUCGCACUGGCCGCAGGAACGCAGUGCCCGACAUCUCGGGAGAGAGCACGGUGGUGGCCACUACGAGUGAUCUCACCAAAGACCUGGCACAGAUGGACCUGAAGGCUGCAGAAGGAAACCCGGGGUCAUCUCCGGCCCCUGAGGCAGAGGGCGCCACCAGCCCAGACGCACAGGGAGGCGGAGGCCCGUCAUAAGGACAACUACAGACUGUAUGAAUGAAGAGCUGAGGAGUGAGGAUGGAGAGGCGUGGACACAGAAAGGGUGCACAUGACUUGGCGUAAGGACACGUUCAGUCACUCCCGGCCUGUGUUUGGAGCUUUGCCAGCCCAAACAUCUUCCUUUUUAUUGGAUCCGAUGGAAAACACGGAGAACAGAGUAGAAGCCACAGUGAAGAUGCUGCUCACUUGCAGUGAACUCCAUUAUUCAUUUAAAGUUCUGUCAAGAUGAGAAAGCACAGAAACUUUCGUGUAUGUCUUUGGAAAGUGACUGAGCUGAACAGAAUCCAUUUCUAACUCUCAACAUGUUCCAGCCUAAAGUGGAACUCUGUCCCGCAGAGCGUUACUUGUGUACUCAUCAUCAUAUGUUUGUAUUUUUUCUUUUUGUGUGUUUUUGUGACUUGACUGUCGUUCAGUUUCAUUGUUGAAUGUUUGGGUUUUUUUGUAACAAACAUAUUCAUCAUUAUGUGUGUGGCGUUCAUAUUUAUUGCCAAAUGUUCUGUGAUAACUUUGUGAUAGCAAUUUUUUUUCUUUGUGUAAUAAAAAUCUUGCAGAAUUUACUCC